CAAACUACACUUUCCUCAGAGAAACCAAGUGAGGAACUGUGACGCUGAGGAAGAUGAGGAGGAGGAAGAUGGCAUCGGGGGGAGGAGCCUGCUGACCCAUCUGAGCCGCCAUUGGCUGGUUGUUUCACAGGGAGGUGGAAGCUGAGCUCUGAUUGGCUGACAGAUGUGUAAAAAGAGAAAAGAGUUCAGAGCAGUUCAGAAAGUUUUUCUUCUUCAGAAGCUCUCUCAAUCCCAGGUGGUCUCACUCUUUUGUGGCACUACAUCUUCAUCAUCACUAUCUUCAUCAUGGCUGACUGGACCGACUGUCUGAACUUUGGCAUCUCUGUCACCAAACAGGCCAGUGAGAUUGUUCUGUCGGCAUUUCAGCAGCAAAAAGAAGUGAAGCUGAAAAGUUCUGCCGCUGAUCUGGUGACAGAAACAGAUCAACGAGUCGAGAAGAUCCUGAUCUCCAACAUCAGGAACCGAUACCCACAACACAGGUUCAUUGGGGAGGAGUCUGUUGCUGCAGGUGAGCGUCUGGAGCUGACUGACAGUCCCACCUGGAUCAUCGACCCCAUCGAUGGGACUGUUAACUUCGUACACAGGUUUCCAUUUGUGGCCAUUUCCAUCGCCUUCACCGUCAACAAGCAGACGGAGUUUGGGAUUGUGUACAGCUGUGUGGAGGACAAACUGUUCUACGCUCAGAGAGGAAGAGGAGCGUUCCUGAACGGAGAGCCACUGCACGCUUCCGGGCAGGAAGACGUCAGUAAGUGUGUGGUGGUGACAGAGAUUGGGGCGGAGCGUGAUGACCUCGCCUUGUCCACCAUGACCUCCAACAUCUUCAGACUGCUGCAACUACCUGUACACGGCGUGCGUGCAUUGGGGACGGCAGCGGUCGACAUGUGUCAGGUGGCGACAGGUGGAGCCGAUGCCUACUAUCACAUCGGGAUGCACUGCUGGGACAUUGCUGCCUCUGCUCUCAUUGUUCAGGAAGCUGGAGGUGUUGUCACGGAUACGGAUGGCUCAGAGUUCGACAUGAUGUCCAGGAGAGUCAUUGCCGCCAGCUCCUCCGCUGUGGCCAGUCGCAUCGCUCAGGUCAUCCAGGCAUUCCCCUGUCGCCAUGAUGACGAGGAUCCCUGCAAGUGUGUGUGUGGAGCUGCAGGCGUGAAUGGAGUGUAGGUCAUCUGACACCAGUCUGAUGGUGUAGCUUCAGCAAAAUGUUAUCAUGUUGUGUGACAUGAUUAAAAAACCUUAAAUAAACCUGAAAACACCUGUAA